GUUACCCAUGGAAGCCAGAAAAGGGCACCUGGAAUUACAGACAGUUGUGAGCUGAGAUUGAACCCAGGUCCUAUGGAAGAGCAGACAAUUCUCUAAACCACUGAGCCAUCUCCCCAGCCCUGAAUGGUAACUUCUAAAUGAGCAGACAGAGCUGUUCCAGUUUUGACAUGGAAGACAAGCAGAGAAGAGCACAUCUGGUAUCCAGUGCCCUCAGUGCAGCACAAUGUCUGAACAAGAGCGUAUACAGGACUGUCUGAGGAAAGAGAUAAGGUCACUUCUUAUUUCCACUAAAGAUGGUCUGACCCCACAACAGUUGGAGAAGGAGUACCUUUUGAUGGUUGGUAACCAUCUACCUCUCCGAAUCCUUGGAUAUCGGUCCACGAUGGAACUGGUGUUGGAUAUGCCUGAUGUGGUUAGCGUCUGCCCCUGUGGGGAUGGUACCGUAAUACUGAAAGCCAUUCCAGAUGAAUCCACUAAAGGAAUAGCAAGUUUAGUUGCAAAGCAGAGGAGGAGCCAUAAGGUUCGAAACUCCAUGCAAAAGGGAAGGACGAGUGUUUGCUCUGGCCGGGUGCCUUACCGUGGAAGGGUGCCCCCAAUCCUUCCAGCAGUUGUGAAGAGUGAGUUGAAAGAUCUCCUGGCAUUGUCUCCUGUUCUCCUUUCUGACUUCGAAAAGGCAUUUGCCAAGCGGUUCGGACGGUCCUUUCAGUACAUGCAGUAUGGAUUCCUCUCUAUGUUUGAAGUGCUCAAUGCAGCUUCAGAUGUCAUUUCUGUAGAGCAGACCAGAGCAGGUUCUUUGUUGACACUAAAGAAGACUGCAUCAGAGGAAAAACAGAGAGGAUGGCCAGCAGGUAAAAUUUUUGCUCAGCCAUUUAGAAUGAAACAACAGGGGUCAUAUUCUACUGGAUUCCCAGUAACAAAGACACGCUUUUCACAACCAACUUCAAGUGUGGAACCACCCAAACCAGUACUGAACAUGGAGAAGAUGCCCACAUUUAGUGCAGUGGAGACUUCAAGACUGAACCACACGGAAAAAUUAAACCAGUUGGAGAACACAUUCAAAUCAGUUAUUGCGCAAAUCGGACCUGGUGGGACUAUUGAUCCAGAUCUAAAACAUAAGAUAAAAUUUGUUGUAUCUAAGUUUCCACAAGGUUUAUUUAUUUCUAAAUUGCUUGGAGAAUUUGAGCUAAUUUUUAAAGAGCAACUUUCACCAAAACAGUUAGGAUUCUUAAAUGUGACAGAACUUGUUGGAGCUCUUAGUGACAUUCUCCGUGUUGAGUUCAGUGAAGAAAAGCAAGACUUGCUAGUGUUUGAUGCUGACCUGAAGCCUGUACCACCUGGUGGAGCGCUUUCAUCAGUCAGAAAUUCGUGUUUAGUUCAACCAGACAAGAAAACAGACACCAAUGCUUGGGUCUCCAGUCCCUCCAGAAGUCCCUCUAGAAAUCCACUGUCUACGGUAGCAGUUAAGAAGACUACAUGGGAUUGCCCUUUGAAGAACCACAAGGAACCAGAACAGAAAAUUUACAAGAAGCCUAAUCUUGUGGUAAAGCCUUUGCAGCUGCAAGUGGAAGCAAACAAGUCCCAGCUCAGCUUAUCAGUGGCAAACCAUGAUAUCCCCCCGGAUGCUGUAUGUGCAAAGAAAUUAUGCCGACUUCCACCAUUAGACACCAGUACCCUGGUAGGGGUCUUUGUGGAAUACAUAAUCUCUCCCAGUCAGUUCUACAUUCGCAUCUACAGCAGAGAUUCGUCAGAAUUACUUGAAGACAUGAUGAUUGAAAUGCGGCGCUGUUAUUCUAACCAGCUGGUUUCUGAUCGGUACAUCAUGCCAGAAUAUUUUAUCCAACCAGGACAUCUCUGUUGUGUAAGGAUUUCUGAGGACAAGUGGUGGUACCGGGUUAUUAUCCACCGAAUCAUUGGGAAAAAGGAAGUUGAAGUGUUCUACCCAGACUUUGGAAAUAUUGGAACUGUUCAGAAGUCCUCACUAAGGUUCCUCAAAUGCUGCUACACAAAGCUUCCCGCUCAGGCUAUACCUUGCUCUUUGGCUUGGGUGAGACCAGCAGAGGAACACUGGACAUCCAGAGCUAUUUUACACUUCCAGAAGCUGUGUGGUUUGAAGCCAUUAGUAGGGGUGGUGGAUGAAUAUAUAGAUGGAAUCCUUAAUAUUUUUCUUUGUGAUACAUCCUCUAAUGAAGAUGUCUACUUUCAUCAUGUCUUGAGGACAGAGGGCCAUGCUAUUGUGUGCCGAGAAAAUGCCCCAUCCAAGGGCUUCAGAGAUCUAAACCCAUUAGCGCUCUACACUAGCUCCAGUGGCAUGGCAGGUGACACAGUCCUAACAGAGCUGGGGCCUUCUCAGCAGCAAUGUUUUGAUGAAGACAGGGAGCCACGGCAACAGUCCAAGGAAGAUAUUAAUGAUGAAAAGUCUUCAAGUCACCUUAAAUCUGGGGACUCUAAAUUGAGUUCAUUGAAAACAUGUAAGAGCUGUGAGGAUGAUCCACAGUGGUCCAUCCUGCAGCCCAAGGAUGCAAAGGAUGAAAAUGAGGAUGAGAUCCCUACUGGAAUGCCAUGCCUGGAGUCAGUGACCAUUGGCGAUGAUAUUUGGGAUGAGAACUGGCUCCCUCUACAGGCUAAAAUGGGAAAGGGCGGGAGUCCUGCCUCUCAUCUGUUUACUUCAAGCCUUGUUGGGAAAAAACAGUAUCAGUCACAUGGAGAUAUGCCACAAAAGGACUGGUGUUUUUCUACAUCUAAAGAUAUAUGGGAUGACUCAUGGCAGCCCUUAGGCCUUGCAAAUGACAUGAAAGGAGGAAUUCAAACACCAGAAAGGCCCAUUACUCAAGAAAAAAAUACCGGCACGACCAGAAUUCGAAAGCAAGAAGAUUUACAGUAUCCUCUAGACUCUUCCACCCUGCCCAAACUGGAAGAGUUCUACAUCUCUCUUAUCAAGUCACAGCAGUCGGCAGAAGGGAGCCAGCCUGAACCUGAGAGCAUUCAGACUCAACCCAAGCACAAUCUGCUGUCCUCGGUAGUGCCCAGCUCUGCUCCUGCAGGGCUUGACUCUCCAGAAACCCACUCUGGCUCUGUGGAAAGCUCUCCAGGGAGCCUAAAGAAUGAAGAUUUUUCUAGUAGCCAUGCUGACACGGUGGUCAAGGACAAGAGUCAAGGAGCCAUAGACCAGCUCUCUUUCAUUUUGUCCCCCCAGCACCAGAUUUCUCAGAAGCUCUACAUUCCUCGAAGCACAGCCACGGCUGUCUUGGGAGCUGCUGCGCGGUUAGCCACGUCCAGGAGCCUCCUCCACUGGUACCCCAGUGUGAAGGGAUGGAAGCUUGAGGGACAAGAGGCGGAGAAAGAUGAAAUGAAGUAGCAUUUGGGUAGUGAUCGCUGGGUCUUUCUGUAUGCUAGCUUUGUUUUGCUAACUGACCACUUUGAUGUGUAAGUAUUGAUAUUUUAUGUUAAUUUUUAUUUUUGUUCAUGAUUUUACUUCAUUUCAAAUGUUUUGUUUCACAUUUGUUUUAAUGAAGUAAUUUGAAGGAGUUUGUGUAUGUUUCUGUAAGUGUUUUUCUUGUACAUAUCAUGACUGAUAAAUGAAUAUUGAAAAACCACUGUUUUGUGAUCUAUAUUUAGUCAGACAAAAGUAUUUUCACAUCUCUGUCACACAGUAGCCUGUCCAAGCAAGGAGUCCCUGCCAUAAGCCUAGCCAAAGCAUCAUGCCUCUAAAUCCGGAACCUAUUGGCUGAAGCUGCCAACUUCUUCAGCUUGUUAGCCCCACUCCUAGAAUUACAUUUGCAUAAAUUUUCCAUUGUUGUUUAAACUUAGGAAGUCCCUAGGGCCUUCUCAUUUCACAGGUUGUAGGAUUAGCCCAAGAGAUCAGUACUCUCUCUCUAUUGGUUUUAGCAUCAGGCUUUUCUUAACCCAUUUUAUCUCCUUCAGCACUGGAGCUUCUGUCUUCUACAUUCUAUUUCCCAGUGCUUUUUCUCCUCAAACUGCACAUUUUGAAUCUUUGACCCACUUGCUCCUUUUCACCAUCGAUCUGCCUAAGAGUGAUCACUAAUGAAACUGUGGCACACAAUCAAUACUAGGCUGUCUUAAUCUCUACCAACGACAGUAAUUCAAAACUCUUCAUUUAGCCUCAGGCAGAUUUUUAGGCCGGAGUAAAAAUAAGCCACAUUUUUUCCCAAAAUAUAAUGGUUUCUAGACGAGCCAGCAAUAUUCCUUCCUCCUGAAUCCUCUUGAACUUGGCCUGCGUGGUCCACAUCGCCCUCAGCGCUAUUGUCUUCCAGGUUCCUGCUAGGGUGGCCCACUAAACUCCACUUAGAGUGUCCAGUUGCUUUAUUCCUUCAACAAAUAGCUUGGUCAGGCCUCUCAGAAAUA